AUGGCUUCACUGACUUCAGCACCACCACCAUCAUUUCUCACCUUUCAUUCCCGCCAAACUCGCUUCUUUUCCACUCAUCACUUCCUUCCACUCCCACUUCAUCUUCCACCAAGGAGCAUCAAAAUCCAACACAAGCGCAAAACAGUAGAAUGCAGAGUUACGAAUCCAAACCCUCCACCGUCAACGGCGUUAACAAAGGAGCCUCACAAAUACUUCGACCACGUAACUAUAACCGUUCGCGGAGGCGACGGCGGUCACGGAUCGAUUCUUAACCAGAAACCUAAAAAAGAAGCUGAAAAGGGCAAAAAAGGAAAAGUGAUUGAUAGUAAUAAGAGAAGUGCGUUGAAGAGGGAUUUUGAUGGAUCGGUUAUACUUCCGAUGGGUGGUCAUGGUGGUGAUGUUGUUAUCUAUGCCGAUGAGAGUAAAGAUAAUUUGUUAGAGUUUCAUAAUAAGAAUCGGUUUAACGCGAAACGUGGUGGGAAUGUUGAUGCUGUUGGUGUGUUUACUUCUUACUUGAGGAACGGAAUUGCUGCUCCUGCUGUUAGGAUUCCUGUUCCUUUAGGUACAGUUGUGAAAAGCAAACGAGGAAAGAUGUUAGCUGAUCUAGCACGACAUGGUGAUGAAGUUCUUGUUGCUAGGGGUGGACGAGGAGGGAUUAGCUUGUUAGAAAUGCCAAAACAUAAUAGGAAAAAGAUGACGAGUUUGACAACAAACAUGAUGAGAGAUGACUCGGAUAAGGUUUUAGUUCACGGUCAACCUGGGGAGGAAGUUAAGUUGGAGUUGACCCUACGAGUCGUAGCUGACGUUGGUUUGGUUGGACUUCCAAAUGCUGGGAAAUCAACGCUUCUAGGAGCCAUUACACUUGCAAAACCCGAUAUUGCUGAUUAUCCUUUUACAACAUUAAUGCCAAAUCUUGGGCGCCUUGAUGGUGAUCCCAACUUGGGAGCAGGAAUGUAUUCAUCUGAAGCCACGUUGGCUGAUUUGCCCGGUCUUAUUGAAGGUGCUCACUUGGGAAAGGGUCUUGGUCGCAAUUUUUUGAGGCACCUACGAAGAACACGUCUAUUGGUCCAUGUUGUCGACGCAUCUACUGAAAACCCUGUAAAUGACUACAGAACUGUCAGAGAAGAGUUGCGCAUGUAUAAUCCUGAGUACCUUGAACGACCAUACGUUGUUGUUUUGAAUAAGAUUGACCUUCCAGAGGUUGAGGACAAGCUUCCAAUAUUGACUCAAGAAAUUCUAAGAAUUGGCAGCGAUGGUACAGCUUCUGGACAAAAACCAAGUUCUGAAAUUCCUGCUCAAUUAUUGUCUGACGAAAGUGACACAAAGGAAAAAAAACUUGAGGACUAUCCACAACCUCACUCUGUUAUUGGAGUUAGUGUUCUAAAGCGUAUCAGGAUUAAGGAGAUGUUAAAGGAGAUAAGGGCUGCUUUAAGGCAUUGCAUUGAUUCCAAUGGAGCAUUGGCUUCCAGUGUCACGCGAUGA